AUGUUUCGUCUAAUCCUGCGGCUGAGGCCGUCCUCUGGGCUCCGCUGUUCCCGUGCCCUCCCGGCCGGGCCUUCCGCGCUCAGCUGCCGCUCCGCUCCCGGAACCAGCCGUCUGAGACGGCUUCAUUACGGUGCGGGAUCCCGGGUCGCGUCUUUGGGCUCCAGCCACAGAGCGACCCUCCUGCGUUGUCCCCAGCUAGCAGGUGGAGGUCAGUGCAAGCGUUUCUACAGCCUGCCACCACACCAGAAGGUGGAGCUUCCUGCGCUGUCACCCACCAUGCAGACGGGAACGAUCGCUCGCUGGGAGAAGAAGGAGGGGGACAAAAUCAGCGAGGGUGACCUCAUAGCUGAGGUAGAGACGGACAAGGCCACUGUAGGUUUUGAGAUGCUGGAGGAGUGCUAUUUGGCAAAGAUCCUGGUUGCUGAAGGAACCAGAGAUGUCAACGUUGGAUCUGUCAUUUGCAUCACAGUUGACAACCCUGACUUGAUCCCAGCCUUUAAGGACAUAACACUUGAUUCGAUCAAAGCAGCCGGUGCCACUCCUUCACCUGCUGCCUCUGCUCCUUCUGCUCCUCCUCCGCCUGCUGGUGCAGCAGCCUCACCUGCAGCUCCUGGCAGCUCUUACCCCACACACAUGAAGAUUGCACUUCCUGCUCUUUCUCCAACCAUGACAAUGGGGACUGUGCAGCGCUGGGAGAAGAAGGUUGGAGAGAAGCUAAGUGAAGGAGAUCUGCUAGCUGAGAUUGAAACUGACAAGGCGACCAUUGGCUUUGAGGUGCAGGAGGAGGGAUAUUUGGCUAAAAUCCUGGUGGCAGAAGGAACCCGGGAUGUUCCCCUGGGAACGCCGCUCUGCAUCAUUGUAGAGAAAGAAAGCGACAUUGCUGCCUUCAAGGAUUACGUCGAAACUGGGGUGGUUGAGGUUGCCACACCACCUCCAGCACCGGCUGCAGCACCAGCUGCUGCACCACCCAGUCCUGCUCCAGCUGCUGCUGCCGCCGCCGCCCCUGCAGCACCCAGGAAGAGUCGCCUGUUCGUCAGCCCGCUUGCCAAGAAACUCGCUGCUGAGAAAGGAAUUGACCUGGCUCAAGUCAGGGGUUCAGGUCCCGAUGGACGCAUCACCAAGAAAGAUAUUGAGAACUUUGUUCCACCAAAGGCUGCACCCGCUGCUGCUCCCACCCCAACCGUGACUCCAGCUGCUCCAGCAUUUGCAGCAGCACCAACUGGCACCUUCACAGACAUCCCUAUCAGCAGCAUCCGCAAGGUCAUCGCUCAGAGGUUGAUGCAGUCCAAGCAAACCAUCCCCCACUAUUAUUUGUCUGUAGAUGUCAACAUGGACCAAGUGCUUGAGCUUCGAAAAGAGCUCAAUGCUGAGGUGAAAGCCCAGAAUAUCAAGCUUAGUGUGAAUGACUUCAUCAUCAAAGCUAGCGCUCUGGCCUGCCUCAAGGUUCCUGAAUGCAACUCCUCCUGGAUGGACACAGUCAUUCGUCAGAACCAUGUGGUGGAUGUGAGCGUGGCAGUGAGCACAGCCAGUGGCCUCAUUACACCCAUAGUGUUUAACGCCCACAUCAAGGGACUAGCUGCCAUCGGCUCAGAUGUGACGGCUCUCGCUGCUAAAGCCAGAGAAGGCAAACUGCAGCCUCAUGAGUUCCAGGGAGGUACAUUCACAAUCUCCAACUUGGGGAUGUUUGGCAUCAAGAAUUUCUCAGCGAUCAUCAACCCUCCUCAGGCCUGCAUCCUCGCUGUCGGAGGCUCUGAGAAACGACUCAUGCCAGCUGACAAUGAAAAAGGGUUCGAUGUAGCCAACAUGAUGUCUGUGACGCUGAGCUGUGACCACCGGGUGGUGGACGGGGCGGUCGGCGCUCAGUGGCUCGCAGAGUUCCGCAAGUUCCUGGAGAAACCAGUCACCAUGCUGUUGUGACAAGACUGUACUGCCAUUAAACUACAGCAUCAGGCAGAGGCUUCUCACUGAAGUGGUCUGAUUGGUCUAAACUAGUCUGGAUCCUCCUGUGAUUGGCUGUCCUGGCACCAGGUCACUCCCUGUUACCCUGAAGGCGAAGAGGCAGAACUCACUCCGCUUGUCUGUCUUGCUUUGUUUCCUAUCGAUCUAUCUCCCCUCUUGCGCUUUCUCACUUAUCUCUAUUUAUUGUGGCCCCAUCUCACAUGAGACCAGAAUUAGGUAUAAUUUAUCCCAGAAGAGAAGCUGGCUCGGUCACUAUAAAGGGAAGUGUUAACACGGCAAACCAGAGAGCAAAUCUGUCCCAUAAACCCGUGUGUGUGUAUUUCUGCAAACAGCCAUCUGAGAAUAUGUGAAUGUGAUAAACAGGAAAUGAUAUUUUGUGGCGCUAUAUGUAGAGGUGCACACACAUCUACACACACCUGUCCCUGUUCAGUGACACCCCCCCCCCCCCCCCCCAAUUAAUUUUUUUUUUUUUUUCCCUGUAGGCUGAUGGGUUGAUGCUACAGUAUGUGUAUUCUUCACUGUGGAUGAGCGCAGUGUUGUGUGUAUGUAUAUGGUGGUGAGAUGUUCAGAUAACCAAGCUCUUGGUGAUCUCGUCAAAUAACUUAAUAGCUCUGAAUAACCGCUGUUCUUACAGGAAACAUCAAACGGUUUUGCCAACUCUCUUCAGUGGGGAUGUUUUAUUUUCUAGUCUCAAACAUUCUGUAUUUCACAGCUGGAACGCACAAAACUGGUGCUGGAUGUUUGUAAUUUGAAUAAACUGGGAGAAGUUAACCUUGU